AUGUUUGGUGCCUUUAGACCCUCAUUAGUAGCCCAAGGUGGUUUACUUUGGAAGAAUCCUUUUCGCAUGUCAGCAACUAGAAAAGCAAAUGUUCGCAAGAGACUCAAGGCAGUCGAUGAUGUUAUUGCUACUGUAGCCGAAUCUGGUGUCAAAUGCAAGGCCUUGGAUGAAGCACUUGCACUUCCCAAAGAAUCAGAAAUGCUUGCCAGAGAUAAAUACACCGUAUUCAGCCGCAGUGCUAAUGGAUAUCGUAAAUCUGUUCACAAAGUACCCAAAUUCACUAAAUUGACAAACAGAACCAGCCCUCCUGGUUUCUAG